GGGUAUUCGAUAAGGCUUAUCGUCACAGGCGAUUGAACUCCAGUUCACUAAACCCCUCGAAAAUCCUCACAGACACCCCCGAGUCCCCGUGAUCCGACACCUCUGCCCAGUGAAAUUCCCCCGAAACAGUGAAUGUCCGGACUUUUUAUCCACCCCAAUAAGAACACCCGCGAUUUCAUUGUCAGCGUUAGUCGCCCCAGUCAUGUGCCAGUGAUCAGGAUUAUACCGGGGAUUAAUUUAAGCCGAUGGAUGGAAACACGAGUGCUUGAGUCUUCCAGGGACUCUACUCAUUCGAAGAUACUUUCCCCCUGUUAUGCGGAUUCACUCAACUCCUGAAAAAUGCUGACAGCAAUGUGUCCAAACUGUCGACACCGUUUCCCGGUACCGGGCUGCUGCAAUCCCUCUCCCCAGGAGUCAGCCCUCCCCCCGGGAGAUUGCAACAGUUACUACGGCAGCCUGCUGGUGCCACGAGGCUACACAGGUGGUGGUUGUUUCAUAAAUGCCCCCACAAUAAUCCAGGGCCCAGCGAUAAUCCAAUCAGCCCCUGAUGCCAGUAAACUGGAGGCCCCAGGUGUCUUCAACCACCAGUUGUGGAGGGACCGUGACAACUCAAUUCACAGGACAUCGCGGUGUCACGCACCCCCAGACGUCCAGAUAAACACAACGUGCGACCUGACAGGUGGAACAGUGACGAUAACAACCCCCAGUAUUCAGUCAGGGGGAUGCCUGAUCGAGUCAACGGACUCUGGUUACCUGGUGCAAGCGCCGACGAUAGAAAUCCGACCGAAAUUGUCAGGUGGCGGAUGUUUAGUCCAGAAGAGGCUGUCCACAGACUUCACUGAGACCCUGGGUGACCUCAACUACUUCGAGUCACCUCUCACCUUCGACAAGAUGGAGGAGAUACUGAUGAAGUCACCUCCCAGUGGCUGCCAGGAACUGCCAGGCACCAGGAGCAACGAGACGUCCUGCUGCUGUGGGAAAACCAACUGCAGGAGCUCCUCCACGUCCUCUGGGAGCACCUGCACACCAAUGGACACAUCGAGGGGUCCAGAGGGCUCUGGUGUGCAGAUCCAGGUGAAUGCCACUGUGCAACUGCCACCCAAUGGGGGACAGUGCACUGUCAACAUCACAGCCACUGCUGAGAGCUCUGGGGCCAGGUCCUCUGGGAGUCCAACGAGCGUUAGAGUCAGGAAUAAUUUCAACGGUGGGGGGCUCAUGAGCCAGGGGGCGAGCAGUGCCGAGGAGGGCUCAUCACCUGGGGACAAUGAGAGGAGGGACGAUGCACCCACGACACCCCUGUCCUGGCUGACACCCUGUCCAUGGGGUUUCGAUAAUUUUGUGCCUGAGAAGGAUGUCGCCCGGCUCCAGGACAUCAAGAGGCUUUUGCACACCAGUGGGUGGUAUCACGAGGGCCUCAGCUGGCAGCAGAGCGAGACAAUCCUCAAGAAUUCAGACGUGGGGAGGUGGCUACUCAGGGAUAGCUCUGACAGCAGGUAUGCUUUUGCUGUCUCUGUGCAGACCACCAGGGGACCAACUUCGGUGAGGAUUCUUCACUCCUUUGGGAGGUUCAGGCUCGAUGCUGAACCCACUAUUGCUCAUGCCAUGCCCACUUUCGAUUGCCCCAUCAAGAUGCUGGAGUACUAUGUCCAGUACUCGAAGAAGAUUGAGGAGAAUCAGAGGCAUGUCUGGGUGGAUUACAGUGGACUUUUGUUCAGUCAUAUUUAUCUUACUGAACCGGUGGUCAAGGAGGUGAGGUCCCUCAGCCAUAUGGCGAGGAUUGCGGUCGAUCGGAGGAUGGUCGAGGGACGGAAUCUUCCGGCUCCUAUUAGGAAUUAUAUCAAUGAGUAUCCGUACUCGUUUUGAG